AUGGAUGACAAUCUGAAGAAAGCUUUUGAAGAUUAUUUUGGAGAACAUACGGAUUACAGUGGCUACGGAGUAUUUCCGAUGGCUCUUAAAGUAUGGACAACAGUUCUGAUAUCAUGUCGAGAUGCCGAAGAAAUUAGUUUCUUCAAUACUGACGAUAAGUUUCCGGCAUCAGUUUAUAAAUUAGGUGAUGAGUGGAUUGGUAAGCCCACUAAAUGGUAUUACUACUUUCUUUGCGGCUGGAAAGGCAUAUUAGAUCACCUUAAUUUGAAACCAAAAGGAUUAAAUGUACUUCUUUCCGGUACCAUACCACCAAGUUCAGGCCUUUCUAGCUCCAGCUCAAUUGUUUGUGCUUCUGCACUCGCCACAAUUGCUAUACAUACUGGAAAAGGUUUUGAAAUUAUGGAUAAGACUGAAUUUGCUGACCGUUGCGCAAAAAUGGAAAAUUACAUUGGAGUUGAAAGUGGUGGUAUGGAUCAAGCAAUCGAAGUUUUAGGCAAACCAGAGUGUGCUAUGAUGAUUGAUUUCAAACCUUUGAGAUGCGAGGAAGUUGCUUUACCAAAAAAUGCAGUUUUUGCAGUCCUUCACUGUGGUCGUACUCUUAGCAAAUCUACGACGAGUGACUACAACGAACGAGUUAUCGAAUGCCGAACAGCAUCACAAAUAUUGGCAAAAUUAAGUAAUGUGAAAUACUGGAAAGAAGUUCGGACAUUACGAGGUGCGGCGGAAGCUAUUGGUAAAGAUUGCAAAGCAAUGGUCGAAGUAGUGAAAGAGUUGCUUCCAGAUGCUGUUUACACUCGAGAAGCUAUAGAAAAAAUCCUUGAUAUGUCUGACAAAGAAUUUGAGGAAGGUCUUCCAAGCAACACAAAGAAUAAGAAAACAUUUAAACUGCGUCAACGAGCCGAGCAUGUAUAUUCAGAAGCAAAUCGAGUGUUGCUAUUUAGAGAUGCGUGCAAGGCAGGCGAUAUCGAAAAAAUGGGUAACCUGAUGAAUGAGAGUCAUGCUAGCUGUAGAGAUUUAUAUGAAUGCUCGUGUAAAGAACUGGACGAUACGGUGGCCGAAUGUAUGAGACAGGGCGCACGAGGAGCUCGUCUAACAGGAGCCGGUUGGGGUGGUUGCGUAGUGGCGAUGUUUGAGAAAAGAGACCCAAAAUUAAAAGUGCUUCUGUGGAGCGAGGCUGCAGCCGGAAUUGAAAUAAAAGAAUAA